AGGUAAACAAGGUUGGUGCUUGGAGAGGGAGGUCUUCGCGAUACGACACCGCGCGCAUCCCAUCCUACACUUCGUAGUCUUUAAAAACACAUGGUUUUACUUCAGAUCUGUCAAAGCACAACGUGUUUUAUACGAAUGAGCACGAGCACUUGCCACAAUUAAACAGUGUUUGAGACAAAAUAACUUGAGGUGCUUUUUCCCGCGGAAUUACGCCAAAAAUACGCACAAUUUUUCUUUGGCACUUCUUUUUGGGAAUCCCAAAAAACCACCAGGAGUAAAGUGCAAGUUUAUCUAAAAAAAAAAAUAGUGAACAAUGAAGUUUUUAGUAAUAUCGUGUUUAGUUUUCUUAACAACGGCAGCAUUUGCUGAGGAAAAUACCCCAUCAGUGUUUCAGGAAUGUUUCAACAAGGAUUCCAUCUCCUGUGUCCAAUUGGCGGUAUUCCGGAAGGCCAAGGAAUUUUUUGAUCAGCCAAAAAUUGACUUGGUCGCUGGACUGUCGGUUGUGAAGGUGGACAAUGUCGCGAGGUCCGUGGACACGGCUUCAGAUGAAGUAGAGAGCGCCAAGGAUGUUGAAUCACGAUCAAGUGCAAUCGGAUCAUUUGUGGUUGAUCGCCUGGCGGCCUUCUUCCAGGAACGAUCACUCAACUGGAACUUCUUGGGUGCUGCCAGGAGUCUAAGUAAUGCCAUUCCUGAUGAUGUGAAAUCUCAAGUGCGUUCUCUGGUCGUUGAGGCUCGUGGCAAGAAGAAGCUGCUGAAAAAAUUGCUGCCCCUUCUUGGUAUUGUUAAGCUGAAGGCUGCCGUUUUGGGUAUCUUAGCUCUCCUGGGUAUUGGUUUGAUCGCCAAGAAGGCUCUGCUCGUCUCCACACUGUCCAUCCUCAUCUCUCUGGGCAUCCUCCUCAAGAAAGUUCUCUCGAAGAAGCUCUCCCUCAUCGGUGGCGGACUCGGUGGUGGACUUGGCGGUGGAUUGGGCGGUGGACACGAUUACCACGGUGGUGGCGGUGGAUGGUCUUCCGGUGGUGGUGGCGGAUGGAACUCAUACGAGCCACACUCCUUCGGUGGCGGAGAUCUCGGCCAUGCAUCCUCCUCCCUAUCUCACUCCCUUGCCUAUGGAGGCCACCACAAAGCCUAGAAUGUCUCUUUGUCAUACACCUAAAGCCUACAUAAGUAAUUUAUUUAUUUAUUUAUUAUCGGUAAUUGCAUUAAACCUCGACAAGAUGCCAACAAUAGCGAAGAGAAAAGACAUGGAGGCCCGUAGAUUUUAGCGCAAAGAAAGUGGGACCAACAGAUGGGUUGAGACCAUGAAUCAUCCAAAAAAUUUUCUAUGUCUCACCCAAAAAAUACAACAAAAAUGAAACCCGUGUUAACACUAUUUAUUUGUUUAUUUGCAUAAGUAAAAACAGUUGAAAAACUCUUUGUAUAUAAAUAACUAGUCUCAUAAUUUACAAGCAAUUAUAAAAUAACAAUUAUUUCAUAAUGUUGAAUAAUUAAGAACAAAAUACUUUUCUUAUCAUCCAAAAUACAAUGUAAAACAAAAUAUUAAGAAAUUUAUCACAGAGUUAUACAACAAAAUUUUAUAGAACAAACACAAAAGAUGAAUGAGAUCAAUGAUGAAAAAUAAUUCCUAAUCUAGUCUAUAACGUUGUUUUUAUAUUUUUAAUCUCUCUCUGUACCUAUCACCUUCUUGUCUUCCUAUAUAUCUUCUGUAAUUCUUCUUCUAAUACUUAAAAUGUUGUGCAAUUUAUUCAAUAUCUUCUCUCAAACUUCUAUUAUCUUAAUUUUCUAUUGACUUUCUUCCUCUAUUUUCUUGAGCAUUGACCUUAAAAAAAAUCAGAAAAAUAUUUGUAUCUAUCUCUCAAAAUGGAAAGAAAGAAUGUGUAAAAAAUGUUAAUGAAAUGAAUAAGAAUUUUGUUUUUUGGACAAUUUUAUCUUUUACAUCCGGUCGACUUAAAUUCAAAAACAUAUCUUACUACAAAGUUGUUAAAAGUCUCUGCAGAUCAUUUUGAUGAAUAAAUUAUCUCUGUAA